CACGCACCAGCCGCUACACAGGAGAGUAGAGCUGAGUGCACCAAGCACAGGAGGGAUGAUGCAUGACUCCCAAGGUUUCUGACAACUGGAAGGAUUUUCAUAUCAUCUUUUCCUCAUUGGACCAGUACAGAGAACUACACGCAGGACUGUCUCGUCACCAGCAAGCUCUGGUUUUUGUUUGGCUUAUUUGGUAAGGAAAUUAAAAAGGAGUGACAGGUGAUGAUGCGUCUGCGAGCGGAAGCCACAUGAAUGAGAGAACGGCGAAAGAGUGAUUCAUUCGUCUUCUGUUUGGAGAGGUAAAGAUGCAACAAUUUUAAUCUCGACGUUGUUCGUGAGUGAAGGAAAGCAGGAGAAGACGAGAAGAGGAGGACGAUUUGACAGACGCGCGAGUCCCGAGACUUGGUUUGGAUGAUCGUCAAACCAGAAAGACGUUAAUUUUUUUCCCCCCAUUUUCUGUCUUUUCUUUAAGAGCACGAGAACAGAAACAGAGCAGAACAGGGGGAGAUUUUCUUAAGAGAUACGCGUGAAGUGGAGCCAUAUAGUGCGUAAAACGGCACGGGAGGAGACGCAUAUAAAAAAAGAGGGGGAAAACUAUAGGCUACAGAGAAAGAGGGAUAUAUCAGAAUGAUGAGGGGAUGCGGGACACAGGAAGUGUGGAUGUGAUCCUCUGCCUCCUUCUCAAUCACUCUUUUACAAGGGAACGGGACGGAAUAGAGAGGUAUUGACUGCAAGCAUCGUUAAAACCCAGCGGAGAGUGGAUUUAAAGACAGAGCGACAACCUGUGCGCCUGUCCUCCGUCUCCCUCUCUCUGUCUCCUCUUCUCCCUGCUUGUCUCCUGUUUUUCUCUGGAUGUUGACUGAAUUCAUUUUAUGGAUAUGAAGGAUUUAUCUAGUCUGUGUUAAAGGGAGGAAUAAAACGCACGCGUGUCACCCUCUCCCUCUCUUCUCUCUCUCUCUCUCCCUCUCUUCUCUCUCUCUUCUCCUUCUCUCUCUCUCUCUCUCGCUCUCUCUCUCUCUCUUCCACUUUCUCUCUCCCCCCCGUUUUCUGGAUGUGAAGCAGCAUGCGGCCCGGUGAGAGCUUAGAGGGCUCGCGCUCGGCUCGCGGAAGAUGUACUGAUGCUGAUAAUUUUGCCAGCAGCGGCUGUCUCGCGCACCCCUCAUCGCAAAAGAGGAGGAUGAAGAGGGGGACGACGAAGAGAGGGAUGAGUGGGAUGGACGAGAGGAUGACGGACCGGGGAAUGACGGCGAUGCGCUGUUUGCUGUGGACUCUCGUUCUCUGUUCGCUCUCCGCGCGCGCGCAAGGUUUUAUCUACACAUGUGGCGGCACACUGAAAGGCAGAAAUGGCAGUAUAGAGUCGCCUGGUUUUCCCUACGGCUACCCCAAUGGGGCAAACUGCACCUGGGUCGUAGUCGGGGAGGAAGGAAGUAGAAUCCAGCUCAUCUUCUUGUCAUUUGCCAUAGAAGAAGAAUAUGACUUCUUGUCCUUGUAUGAUGGACAUCCCCACCCUGCGAACUUCAGGACCAGGCUAACGGGCUUCCAAGUUCCUGCCCCGGUCACCAGCACAGGCAACGUCUUCUCUUUGAGGUUGACCAGUGACUUUGCUGUCUCUGCACAUGGCUUCAAACUCAACUAUGAAGAACUUCACAGUACGUCGUGUGGAAACCCAGGUGUUCCACCCAAAGCAAUGCUUACUGGUGGUGGCCGAUAUGCUGUGGGGGACCGUGUUCGGUACAGCUGUGUUCCUGGAUAUGUCCUCGAUGGCCAUGCAACGCUCACCUGCAUCACCAAUGCAGGAAACUCAGCGGUCUGGGACUUUCCUGCUCCGAUUUGUCGAGCUGAGGACACAUGUGGGGGCACUGUGAGGGGCGGCAGUGGGGUGGUGACCAGUCCCGGUUACCCCGGCAACUAUAAUAACCAGGCCGACUGUACUUGGAUCCUAUUGGCCGAACCUGGAGACACCAUCUCUGUCAUCUUUACAGACUUCCAGACAGAGGAGAAGUACGACUUCCUGGAAGUGGAGGGAUCUGAACCACCAACCAUAUGGUUGUCAGGCAGCAACGUCCCGUCGCCCAUUGUGAGCAACAAGAAUUGGCUCCGACUGCAUUUUGUGACUGACGCCAACCACCGUUACCGUGGUUUCAGCGCUCAUUACCAAGUGAAGCGAUCAGUAGAUUUUAAAUCACGGGGCGUUAAAUUAUUCCCUGGCAAAGACUCCGGCAACAAGUUUUCAAUAUUAAAUGAAGGUGGUGUGAGACAGGCGUCCAACUCCUGUCCUGAUCCAGGGGAACCAGAGAAUGGAAAACGCCACGGAAACGACUUUAGCCUUAGCAGUGAGGUGCAGUUCACUUGUGGAGAAGACUAUGUCCUUCAGGGCAGUAAAACCAUCAGCUGUCAGCGGGUGGCCGAAGUCUUUGCAGCCUGGAGUGACCAUAGACCCGUCUGUAAAGUGAAGACGUGUGGCAGUAAUCUUCAGGGUCCCUCCGGAACCUUUACCUCUCCUAACUUUCCAAUCCAAUAUGAGAGCAACGCACAGUGUGUGUGGAUAAUUACUGCUUCAAAUCCCAACAAGGUGAUCCAGAUCAACUUUGAAGAGUUUGACUUGGAGAUAGCCUAUGAUACCCUGACGAUCGGAGAUGGUGGUGAAGUGGGCGAUCCGACGACUAUAUUGCAAGUUCUAUCAGGUAGUUUUGUUCCUGACCUGAUCGUCAGUAUGACUCACCAGAUGUGGCUUCACCUUCAGUCAGAUGAGAGUGUUGGAUCGAUAGGAUUUAAGAUCAACUACAAAGAAAUAGACAAAGAGAGCUGUGGUGACCCCGGGACUCCUCUCUAUGGAGUAAGAGAGGGGGACAGUUUUUUAAACGGAGGAAUCCUGAGGUUUGAAUGCCAGUUUGGCUUCGAACUGAUUGGAGAGAAAACUAUCGCCUGCCAAGACAACAAUCAGUGGUCUGCAAACAUCCCCAUAUGCAUAUUCCCCUGCAUGUCCAACUUCACUGCUCCCUCAGGGACCGUCCUCUCCCCAGAUUACCCAGAAGGCUACGGGAACAACAUGAACUGCGUCUGGCUCAUCCAAUCGGAUCCAGGCUCCAGAAUCCACUUGGCAUUUAAUGACUUUGACCUGGAGGCACCCUACGACUCCCUGACGGUGAAAGAUGGUGAGACAAAUGAAGCCGCCGUCAUCGGGAGGUUCUCUGGUGCUGAGAGUCCCUCCCACCUGACGUCCAACACCAACACGCUGAGGCUGGAGUUUCAGGCCGAUCACUCCAUGUCAGGAAGAGGAUUUAACAUCACCUACAGUACAUUUGGCCAUAAUGAGUGUCCAGACCCUGGCAUUCCUAUCAACGCUCGCCGCUUUGGAGACAGUUUCCAGCUUGGCAGCUCUAUCUCUGUGGUCUGUGAGGACGGAUUUAUCAAAACCCAAGGAAGCGAGACCAUCACCUGUCAGUUGGAAAGAGGAAAAGUCAUGUGGAGUGGGCCCAUUCCUAAAUGCGAAGCCCCGUGUGGAGGUCACUAUUCAGCCCCUAAUGGAGUGAUAUUGUCUCCUGGGUGGCCUGGUUACUAUAAAGACUCCCUCAGCUGUGAGUGGGUGAUUGAAUCCGAACCCGGACGCUCCAUCAAAAUCACAUUUGACAGGUUCCAGACUGAGCUUGGCUAUGACUUCCUAGAGAUCCACGAUGGGCCGAACCUCUUGUCUCCUCUGGUGGGCUCCUUUAAUGGCACCCAGGUCCCUCAGUUCCUGUUCAGCAGCAGCAACUUCCUUUAUCUGCUGUUCACCACGGACAACAGCAGAUCAAACGCUGGCUUCAAAAUAAUUUAUGAAAGUGUUACAGUCGACAGCUACUCAUGCCUGGACCCUGGUAUUCCUGUCAAUGGGAUUCGUUACGGACAGGAUUUCUCCAUCGGUUCCACCGUGUCGUUUGGUUGUGAUUCUGGAUACAGACUGAGCCACGAGGAGCCGCUGGUGUGUGAGAAGAACCACUGGUGGAGCCACCCUUUGCCAACAUGUGACGCUCUAUGUGGUGGAGAUGUUAGGGGUCCCUGGGGAACCAUCCUUAGCCCCGGCUAUCCAGACAGCUACCCUUCAUCUCUCAACUGCACCUGGACUGUUGAAGUCAGCCACGGGAAAGGUGUCCAGUUUCAGUUCAAUUCUUUUCAUCUGGAGGACCAACACGAUUACCUCUUGGUUACCGAGAACGGGAGUUUCCUGCAACCACUGGCUCGCCUGACUGGCAACGAGUUGCCUAGCAACAUCAACGCCGGUCUCUAUGGCAACUUCAAAGCCCAACUACGAUUCAUCUCUGACUUUUCUAUCUCAUACGAGGGCUUCAACAUAACUUUCUCUGAAUAUACUUUGGAGCCAUGUGAGGACCCCGGCAUGCCUCGGUUCGGCAGGAGGAACGGCUACAGUUUCAGCGUCGGCGAUACGUUGUCUUUUUCCUGCAAUAUGGGUUACCGCCUUGAGGGGGCACCAGAGUUAAUCUGCCUCGGGGGUGGGCGGAGAAUGUGGAGUUCUCCUCUUCCAAGAUGUGUCGCGGAGUGUGGCUCUUCAGUUAUCAACAACGAGGGCAUCCUUCUCUCUCCAAACUACCCGAUGAACUAUGACAACAACCACGAGUGCAUCUAUAGCAUCCAGGUGCAGGCUGGAAAGGGCAUCAACAUUUCUGCUAGAACCUUUCAUCUCGCCCAAGGGGAUAUACUCAAGAUUUAUGACGGCAAAGACGGCGCGGCCCAUGUUCUUGGAGCAUUCACAGGAUCGUCCAUGUUGGGUCUGACGCUGAUUUCCACUUCAAACCAUGUCUGGCUGGAGUUUUACAGCGACUCGGAAAGCACUGGAGAAGGAUUCAAACUGGUGUAUUCCAGUUUUGAAUUGUCUCACUGUGAGGACCCAGGUGUUCCUCAGUUUGGCUACAAGGUCAACGACCAAGGUCAUUUCUCUGGGAGCAGCAUUACAUACAGAUGUGAGCCCGGUUACACUCUGCAUGGAGCGUCCACACUCAAGUGUAUGACCGGGGAGAGGAGAGCCUGGGAUAAUCCUCUGCCUUCAUGUAUUGCCGAGUGUGGUGGUCGUUUUAAGGGUGAGUCCUCAGGGAGGAUCCUUUCUCCGGGUUACCCGUUUCCCUAUGACAACAAUCUACGCUGCACCUGGACAAUUGAGGUGGAUUCGGGAAAUAUUGUGAGUCUUCAGUUCCUGGCCUUUGACACAGAAGCCAGCCACGACAUGCUCAAAGUGUGGGACGGACCACCUGAAAAUGAAAUGUCUUUGGCAGAGCUCAGCGGGUCUCUGGUACCUGAGGGAAUUCACUCCACUCUGAACACUGUCACCGUUCAGUUUGAGACGGAUUUUUACAUCAGCAAGUCAGGAUUUGCUAUUCAGUUCUCCAGCUCAGUAGCUACAGCCUGCAGGGACCCGGGUGUUCCGAUGAAUGGAAGUCGAAGUGGCGAUGGCCGCGAGCCAGGGGAUUCGGUGUCCUUUCAGUGUGACCCAGGAUACGAGCUCCAGGGGGACGACAAAAUCACCUGUAUACAAGUGGAUAACAGAUACUACUGGCAGCCCAGCCCGCCUGUCUGUAUAGCUCCUUGUGGAGGAAACCUAACUGGCUCCAGUGGAUUUAUUCUCUCUCCAAACUACCCGCACCCAUACCCUCACUCCAAAGACUGUGACUGGCUCAUUGCUGUCAAUUCUGACUAUGUCUUGUCACUGGCAUUCAUCAGUUUCAACAUCGAGCCGAAUUAUGACUUCCUGUAUAUCUACGAUGGUCCCGAUAGCAACAGUCCUCUGAUUGGUAGCUUCCAGGACAGCAAACUCCCCGAGCGGAUAGAGAGCAGUUCAAAUACCAUGCAUUUAGCAUUCCGCAGUGAUGGGUCUGUUUCCUAUACUGGCUUCCACCUGGAAUACAAAGCCAAGCUGAGGGAAUCCUGUUUUGACCCAGGUGUGGUUCUGAACGGAACCAGGCUGGGAUCUGACUAUAAACUGGGCUCCACUGUUACCUUCUACUGUGAGGCCGGAUAUGUUUUGCAGGGCUAUUCUACUUUAACCUGUAGUAUGGGGGACGAUGGCAGACCUGGAUGGAACAGGGCAUUGCCUAGUUGCCAAGCGCCCUGUGGAAGUCGCUCUACGGGAUCAGAGGGAACUGUGUUAUCUCCCAAUUUCCCCAGAAACUACACCUCGAGUCAGACCUGCAUCUACUCUAUAUCGGUGCCCAGAGAGUUUGUCCUGUUUGGUCAGUUUGUUUUGUUCCAGACGUCUCUGAAUGAUGUCGUGGAGAUUUAUGAUGGACCCACUCAGCAAAACACACUACUGUCUUCACUCUCUGGGUCCCACUCUGGUGAGUCUCUCCCUUUGAGCUCAGGAAACCAGAUCACGAUAAAGUUCACCACAGUCGGACCAGAAACUGCAAAGGGAUUCCACUUUGUCUACCAAGCUGUACCCAGGACCAGCUCCACCCAAUGCAGUUCAGUCCCUGAGCCCCGCUUUGGGAAACGCAUCGGCAAUGAUUUUGCCGUGGGCUCCAUGGUGCAGUUUGAGUGCAACCCUGGUUACGUCCUGCACGGCUCCACUGCCAUCCGGUGCGAGAGUGUCCCAGACAACCUGGCGCAGUGGAAUGACACCCUGCCAACAUGUAUAGUUCCCUGUGGGGGUGCGAUGACCUCUCGUCGCGGGACAAUCCUGUCACCCGGCUAUCCAGAGCCGUAUGACAACAACCAGAACUGUGUGUGGAAAGUCUCCGUUCCGGAAGGGGCUGGAAUACAGAUACAAGUCGUGAGUUUUGCCACGGAGCAUAACUGGGACUCCUUGGAUUUUUACGAUGGCGCUGACAACCAUGCGCCAAGACUUGGCAGCUAUUCUGGCACCACCAUCCCCCCUCUCCUGAACAGCACAUCUAACAACCUCUAUCUCAGCUUCAACUCUGAUAUCAGUGUCUCAGCUGCAGGUUUUCACCUGGAAUUCACAGCAAUUGGUCUGGAAUCAUGCCCAGAGCCCCAGACUCCAAACUAUGGAAUUAGACAAGGGGACAGAUUUAUGGUCGGAGAUGUGGUGCAGUUUUCUUGUGAACAAGGAUACUCUCUUCAGGGCAAUGCACACAUCACCUGCAUGCCCGGGCCAGUGAGAAGAUGGAACUACCCAGUGCCACUGUGUCUUGCCCAUUGUGGUGGGUCGAUGACGGAUGUAAGUGGAGUUAUUCUGAGUCCUGGUUACCCCGGCAACUAUCCCAGUGGAUUAGACUGCACAUGGACAGUCAACUUACCUGUCGGCUUUGGCAUCCAUCUUCAAUUCUUGAACUUCUCCACUGAAGCGAUCCAUGAUUACUUAGAGAUCCGCAGUGGAACGCUGGAAACCGGCUCAGUCAUUGACCGCUUCAGUGGUCCGACCAUCCCCAAACCUCUGUUCAGCACCACCCACCAGACCAGCUUUUUCUUCCACAGUGACUACUCGCAGAACAAACCGGGCUUUCACAUCACUUAUCAAGCCUAUCAGCUCCAGAGUUGCCCAGACCCUCGGCCGUUUCGUAACGGGAUCGUAAUCGGCACCGAUUUCAGCGUCGGGAUGACGGUGUCGUUUGAGUGUCUGCCCGGUUAUUCUCUGAUCGGAGAGGCGUCGCUCACGUGUUUACACGGAAUCAGCAGGAACUGGAACCACGCGCUGCCGCGAUGUGAAGCUCUCUGUGGUGGUAACAUUACUUCAUUAAAUGGAACCAUUUACUCUCCCGGUCACCCCGAGGAAUACCCCAACUUCCAGGACUGUGUGUGGAGUGUGAGAGUUCCUCCUGGACAUGGGAUUUAUAUCAACUUUACUGUCCUGAGCACUGAGCCUAUAUAUGACUACAUCACUGUCUGGGACGGUCCCGAUCAAUCUUCUCCUCAGAUUGGCCAGUUUAGUGGAAACACAGCUUUGGAGUCAGUUUACUCGACCUCCAACAUCAUCCUCAUCAAGUUCCACUCCGACUUCUCCGGGGCAGGUUUCUUUGUCUUGAGUUACCACGCUUACCAAUUAAGGGUGUGCCAGCCUCCUCCAGAAGUGCCCAACGCUGACAUACUGAUGGAGGACGGCGAGCUGGAGAUCGGUGACAUCAUCAGGUACAGAUGCCAACCUGGAUUCUCAUUGGUCGGCAGCGAUGUUCUGACCUGUCGCCUUGGAGAGAGACUUCAAAUGGACGCCCCACCGCCAGCUUGCCAAGUCCAAUGCCCCGCACACGACGUACGAUAUGACUCGUCCGGCGUGAUCCUGAGCCCCGGUUGGCCAGAAAGUUACCCAAACCUGCAAAUGUGUUCGUGGAGCAUUACGGUGGAGAAGGGAUACAACGUCACCGUCACCUUUGAAAGCUUCCACACGGAGCGAGAGUUUGACGUGCUGGAGAUUUUCGACGGUCCCACACCCAACAGUCCCACCCUAGCAACACUGAGCGGUGACCUGCCAACGCCCUUUAACCUCACCACCUCUGGCCACCAGUUCCUGGUCCGCUGGUCCUCAGACCAUGGCACAAACAAAAAGGGCUUCAAAAUUCGCUAUGUUGCGCUGUACUGCUCCACACCAGACUCUCCCCUCCACGGCUCCAUCUCCUCUCAAAGCGGCGGCCACGUCAACAGCGUGGUGCGCUGGGCCUGUGACCGGGGCUACCGUCUCAUCGGCAACGCCACAGCAUCCUGCCGCCGCACGGCACUCGGAUACCACGCCUGGAAUUCUCCCGUACCUGCGUGUCAAGCUGUUUCCUGUGGUGCACCCAAGGCUCCCAUAAACGGUGGCACUUUAACAGUGGACUACUCCGUCGGAACAAGAGUCUCCUAUUUCUGCAACGACGGGUACAAACUCUCCAGUAAAGAGCUGACAUCAGCCAUCUGUCAGCCAGACGGAACAUGGAGCAACCACAAUAAAAUACCUCGGUGUUCCGUGGUUGUGUGUCCCAGCAUCGGCUCCUUUUCUUUAGAGCACGGCCGCUGGAGGAUCGUCAACGGCUCGCACUACGAGUACAAAACCCGCAUCGUGUUCACCUGCGACCCGGGAUAUUUCCGAUUAGGCCCCGCCCACAUCGAGUGCCUGCCCAGCGGGGCGUGGAGUUGGAGAAAUGACAGACCACAUUGCCAAGUUAUCUCCUGUGGUGAGCAGCCAUCUCCUCCCAGUGGAAAGAAGAUUGGUACUCAGACGACAUUUGGUGCCACAGCCAUCUUUACGUGCGACGCUGGCUUCAUGCUGGUGGGGUCAGCUGUCAGAGAGUGCCUGUCGUCUGGGCUCUGGAGUGGAACGGAAACACGAUGUUUAGCUGGUCACUGUGGAAUCCCAGAAGGCAUCGUGAACGGCCAGGUGAUCGGGGAGAACUUUGGUUACCGUGACACGGUCGUGUAUCAGUGUCUGCCCGGCUUCCGACUAAUAGGCUCCUCAGUUCGAAUCUGUCUCCAAGACAACCAGUGGUCCGGCCAGCUGCCCGUCUGUAUAUCCAUCAGCUGCGGUCAUCCAGGAAGUCCCAUAUAUGGACGCACAGUGGGAAACGGCUUCAACCUCAACGACGUGGUCAGCUUCGUUUGUAACCGUGGCUAUGAAAUGGAGGGGCCCGCACGUGCUCAGUGUCAGGCCAACCGGCAGUGGAGUCACCCGCCUCCAACAUGUAAAGUGGUCAACUGCUCUGAUCCAGGCAUCCCAGCCAACUCUAUUCGACAGAGUAAAAUAGAGCACGGCAACUUCACCUUCGGCACCGUGGUCUUUUACGACUGUAACCCUGGCUAUUACCUGUUUGGGUCACCGGUGCUGACCUGUCAGCCGACCGGCCACUGGGACAAACCCCUGCCUGAAUGUAUAGUCGUAGAUUGUGGCCAUCCUGGCUCUCCACCUAACGGCGUGCUGAGUGGAGAUAAGUUUACAUUUGGUUCAACGGUUCGGUACUCCUGUCUGGGCGGGAGACAGCUGAAAGGAGAAUCGUCUAGAACUUGUCAGCUCAAUGGAAUGUGGAGUGCCCCAAUGCCCUUCUGUUCUGGAGACACAGCUGGUUCCUGUGGCGAUCCUGGUAUUCCCUCCCACGGUUCGAGAGAACAAACAGACUUCAAGAUCCGUUCCAAGGUUUACUUCGGCUGCUCCGAAGGCUACGAUCUAAUUGGUUCUUCAGAGAGGAUGUGCUUCCCUAAUGGGACCUGGUCUGGCACACAGCCCUUCUGCAAACCUGUCCAGUGUGGUAACCCUGGUACUCCCAGUAAUGGUAGAGUGUUUCGUUUGGAUGGGACGACGUUUUCUCACUCUGUCAUCUACUCCUGCAUGGAUGGAUACCUGCUCACCGGCGCCACCACGAGACAGUGUCAGGCCAACGGGACAUGGUCUGCAGUACAACCCAACUGUACCAUGAUAAACUGCGGGGAUGCAGGUGUGCCAGCUAACGGCCUCCGCUAUGGAGAAGACUUCACAAUUGCGCAGAACAUUUCCUUCCAGUGCCAACCGGGAUAUAGAAUGGAAGAGGAUGGAUCGGCUGUGAGGACGUGCACUCAGAACGGGACGUGGAGUGGGAAUAUGCCAAUAUGUACAGCCGUGACCUGCCCAGCUCCCCCUGCCAUCAGUAAUGGGGUACUGCAGGGCAGUGACUUUGAAUGGGGCAGCAGCGUGAGUUACACUUGCUCCCCUGGAUACGAGCUCUCGUUCCCAGCUGUCCUCACCUGUGUGUCCAAUGGCACCUGGAGUGGCAUGCUGCCACAGUGUUUACCCAAGUUCUGUGGUGACCCAGGGACUGCAGUCGGUGGUUUCAGAGAGGGACGGAGUUUCAUCUACCAAUCAGAAGUGUCCUUCAGCUGCGCUCCGCCUCUCAUUCUGGUUGGCACAACGACCAGACUUUGCGAAAGUGACGGCACCUGGAGUGGAACGCAGCCACGCUGCAUCGAACCGACCAAAACCAGCUGCGAUAACCCAGGAACUCCACGCUACGGCUCCUUAAAUCGCACCUAUGGUUUCAAGGUUGGGAGUGUGGUGUCAUUUCAGUGCCAGCCUGGUCAUUUGAUUCAGGGCUCCUCCUCCAGGACCUGCCAGCCUGAUCUGACAUGGAGUGGAACACAACCCGAGUGCAUACCCCAUGCCUGUAAGCAGCCGGAGAGCCCGCUCCAUGUGGACGUGGUGGGAAUGGAUCUGCCGGGUUUUGGCUACACCUUGGUGUACAGCUGUCAACAUGGCUACUUCCUGGCAGGGGGUUCUGAGCACAGAGUCUGCAAGAGUGACGGCACUUGGACGGGAAAGAUGCCUAUAUGUCGAGCUGGAGAAAAGAAGAAACCUGUGAAACCAGCAACAGGAACGCCGAGCCCGAAGCUUAACGUUCCAGACAACGUCUUUGCUCCUAACUACAUAUGGAAAGGCUCCUAUAAUUACCGGGGGAGGAAGCAGCCGAUGACACUGAGCAUCACCAGCUUCAACUCCACCACGGGGAGAGUCAACGUUACCCUUAGCAACGGAAACAUGGAAUUGCUCCUAUCAGGAGUGUAUAAAGCGUCUGAAGCCAGGCUGUUACUGCUGAUGUACCAGGUGCACUACGCCAACCAGGGAAACCAGCAGAAAGAUGCGGCCGUCUCUCCAGCCAAAAUCAUAGACGACUCCUGGACCAUGGAUGGAUUUGUAUCAGCAGAGCCUGAUGGCUCUAGUUACGUGUUCCAGGGUUUCAUUCAGGGAAAAGACUACGGACAGUUUGGACUGCAAAGACUAGGUCUGAAUAUGUCGGAGAGUCAGAAUUCUCCUCCCCCUCAGCUCGGUACCAAUAGCAGUUCUGUGGCCAUCGCUAUUCUGGUGCCUUUCUUCGCUCUGAUCUUCACCGGCUUUGGCUUCUAUCUCUACAAACAAAGAACGACACCAAAAACACAGUACACGGGCUGCUCAGUCCAUGAAAACAACAACGGCCAGGCUGCCUUCGAGAACCCCAUGUACAACACCAACGCCAAGGCCGUGGAGGGGAAGGUUGUUAGAUUCGAUCCAAAUCUUAACACUGUCUGCACCAUGGUGUGAGGAUUGAUCAUCCUUACUUGAAACUAAUGACUCAGAUAUCUAAUGGGACCACAAUUGGUAUGAGGCUGUGGAAGGGAAACUCCCCUGUGCUUCUACUCCAACCUCAGCACCGUCAGCAACCCCGGUCUGUACAUUGAUUACAAAAGACCUGAUUACAGACACCUUAUCUCCCCCAGCAGAGGGAAAACUGUCCACUUGAAACCAAAACUCAGCAUUGGUUCCUUCGACUAAUAGCAUUUUGCUUCCUCCAAAAAAAAACAACAACAAACAAACGGGGGAACACAAAAUGGCUGCUACCUUUUGACAGACGCCACGUAGCCAGUGCAAUCUCAGCGAAGUGAAAGAAAUGAAGGCAACCCGGGAGAAAACUACACGUGCUGUUAAUCCGUCUGGAGACUCGGGCGGUCGUGAACAGCUUAUAAUUUGAUUCUGCACACAGUCAUUAUACUUUGAGCUCUUAUUUAACUCCCAAUCACUUGUAGCAAUGACAAAGCCAUGACCUAACAGUGCAAGCAACAUGACUUGUUCGCCCCACGCUGAAUUGCGUAUGUCACACCAGGCUGUGGAGAUGGGGGACUCCCUCUCAGCUCUGUGACUAUAAGGCACUCGCCUGGAGAAAGAGAGACCAUGCUUAUGAAUCACAGAGAUAUACUGCACUAGACAAAAAAAAAUGGGUUGAUUUAAUUUACAACACAUCGUUUCCACCCCUCUCCACCACCGGUACUGAAACAAAUCCUUCACUGAAAUGAGCAAAAAGGAAGAUUCAAGGUGAUGAAGAUGUCACAGAAGACACUGUGAAGCAAAGAAAACUGUUACUUCCUGUUCCGGGUUGAGCACUGACAGUAAAAGACACUCGAGCCGCCGGACAGGACAACCAGAAGCUGCUACUGCGAGUCUCUACGUCCUUUUUUUUUCUUUUCUAUUCACGUGGAAGCUAAGGUGGCUAAUGCUAGCAGACAGGUGGCCCUGAAGAUGGAGCUGUAAUCCUGACUGAACUGGGAUUAGAGGCGAAGCAACACUCAAAGGAUGUCUACAGGGGGAACUCGUGCUAAUAUUGCAAAUGAGAAGCGACUGUCUCGUUUAACUGAUAAACUACUCAUUGCCAUCAGACGGAUAAGAGCGGAGGCGGAGGCUGAGAUUACACCUCGCCGAGAGAAAAGACGAGAUUUUUAAGUCCUACCACAGCCAAUCAGAGCCUGUCUGACCUGAAAUCAACGUUGAACCUCGGCAUAAUGAAUCCGAUCAUACAUCCUGGAGGAAAGAUGUUCCUGAUCCUGUGAAUAUUAAUGGAUUCUGAUGCUGAACGGAUACAGAGGACUCUGAUGGACUAACAAAGACAAAGACUUUGACAAACAGAGAAAGCUCUGGCACUAAAGCACAUUUUACCCAAACACUACCUGUCGACCCACUGAGAGAUGGAUUAACACAGGGACAGACAGCGAGGCUAGAGAGAGAGAGAGAGAGAGACUGUCAGGAUGAAUGACAGACAGAAACGAUGACAGGUACACACACUAAUAAAAGUCGGGGGAAAGACAGACAGGUGGUAUCGCGACCAGCAGUUAGACAGAUAAGGAAGUGGACAGGUUCUACAAAGACAAACAGGGUCUUGAUUAAAACUGCAGACUCUAGUGUCUCCACUCGACAGACAGACAGACAGAUUUACAGGCCUGCUGAUGGACAGACACAGACGGGCUUAAAGAUAGACAAACAGGGUUGUCGCCCUACGAUGGUGGACACGUUGCGUUCCACCGUGAUCCUGCACUCUGCGAGUGCUUAUCUUCUCUCUUUCUUAUUACUGCAGAAUCUUCUGAUCUGUAAAUCUAUUGCAUAUAUAUUCGGGAGCAUUCACCACCUAUAUUUUUGUGCUAUAUAUUUACCACAAAGGGAGGGGUUGCAGGGGAAAGACGGAUCAUAGCAGAGUUUUACGAGAAAAAAGAUAACAAAAAAAAAAUCUCUCUAAAUAAAAAGAUGUUGCAAACAGUAAUUUUGGUUCCUUGGCAACAUGGAAUUGGUUUGUUUUUUAAUUUCCACUGUAACGUGAAAUUCCUCACACAAUCACUGUCUAUCCAACUGAGGCAAUCAUGAGUGUCAGUGCCGUUUGUUGUCUGUCGUCAUUGGUGAGAUUUGCCGGCAACAAUCAUGCUGUUUGAAGUUAAUGUCUCGUUGCACAUUUACCACAGGUGGCAUAUUAUUUCUAAAGCAGCAGAUGAUGGAGUUUGUGCUGCCGCUGCCACUUUUCCCUCUCAGAGCUGCCGGCCACUACAGUGUGAUCCGUAACUGUCGCCACGGUGACGCGGGUGUUUAAUGAUCAGCUGGAAUAACAGCAGCAUAUUUUUUCGCCGACCUGGACACGCGAUGAUGUCACAGAAACACGAGGCCAUAGAAUUCAGAAAAAUCAACCACUUCACGGUCAAACUCAGCUCAGUUGUCACUGACUCUCAUGACACCAGUGUAAAAUGAAAGUAGGAAUAAGAAUAAUCAUGGACGUAAUUGUUGGUAAACUGUCUAGUGUGUACUUUGUGAAUGACGACAAAUGUAAUUGUGUGAAACUUACCAUUUCAUGCUUGUGUUUUGUGUUGCCAUUGUCGGAGUCAAAAGUGCAAUUUGAAUUAUGACUCUUUAAGUUAUUAUUGCAUUUUUGACUUUCAAGAUUCUUCCCUCAAGAGGUUUUGUCUUAAAUCCGGACUGAAGUGUCAGAGGAUCAUAGGUCUACAUGGAUUCUGUUUCAGGGUUCUUUGCUUUAAACAUCUAACUUGCUUUUCGCCUGAAAUCCACAUCACACGCUCAGCCCCUCAUCUUUGGCUAUAAUGAACUUUCCACGGUGUUUAUGUGUGUGUGUGUGUGUGUGUGUGUAUUCAAAACGCUAAAAGGCCUUGAGUGUCAUUUUUUCCCCCCCAGAAACAUUAGCUUUAAGAACUGGCCAAAACCUUGAGAUUUCAAAGUGACAUCGAAGUUAAAUUUGUGCACCGAACACAGGCCAGAAUAUCUUUUAUUUCCUCUUGAAUUCACUUGUUUUUUUAGAAUUGUAGCCUUAUAAUACCAUCGUCGUGUCCCUUAUUCUGAAAGCCAUUUUUAAAAUCUGAUGUUCCACCCAUUAGUGAACCGGUAGUUUUUCUGCCACUGAAUGCUGCUGUUGCACAUGCUUUGGCCUCUCUGAAAGUUUCAUGUGCCAUAAAUGCACCACUGUUGAGAGUUACUGAUGAUGCAGUGUUGUAUUUCCUUUCUUUUGGGUCUGAAAAUGCACCACACGCUCUACCUAUGUUUACUGAUACGUGCUCUUGAGUCACUACUUGAGUGUCCACUCAAAAACAUACUUUUUUUGUGUUUCAAAACGUUUGGUUUAAAGUGUAGCAGAUAUAUCAUAUAUAUAUAUAUAUAUAUAUAUAGAGAGAGUGAGUUUAGGUUCCACACAUUUAUGACAACAGUUUUUGGAGGCUCUGGAUUCCAGGGUGAGUAAAAAUAAAACAAAACUUUCCUUUAAGAGCUCCUGCUGUUUGUGGCCAAUGGCAGCAACUGCAACCAGCCGGCAGUUAAAGCCUGUUUAAAGUCAUAAAGUGAUUUAAAAAGUAACGGUAGCUGCGGCUUUCUUUUGUUUGUCCACGCUGAGACAUUGUUCCUAAUUCCAGUUUGGGUUGAUCUUGAUUGUCACUGCUGCUGCUGUGGUUGUUGUUGUUGUUAAUGUUGGUUUUUUUUCCUCUCGGUAUGGAUCUGACACAGUGCCUACCAAAAACCAUGAGAACUCUCCCAGUCAUCGACACACGCACGCACACACACACGCUCUUUCAAACCCGUACACGCGCUCACAUGCAUACAAACAAGUACUUGCUCUGGUCCCUUCAUCAGAAGUCCCCUUUUUUUCUAAGCUUCUGUCUAUUUUGCCACAAGCUUUUCCUACUGACUGACCGCAAUAAGACCCAUGUGAUUCGAGAGACUAAAAGCCGUUCCUGCCUGGGGGACAUUGGAAAUAUUCACCAUUUGAGAAAAAAAAAAGAAGAAGAAGAAAAAAAAAAAAAGAAAUAUUGAAUAAAAAAGUGUUUUGUACAGAAAUAUAUUUUUAUGAUGAAAUUAUUUGUAAAAUGUAUGAAUCUAUUAUGUAAAUUUUCGAUGCAAUGUAAGAUUAAAAAAGGCUAAUUGCU